AUGUGCAUUCGAGAUGCCGAUUCUGGUGAACUGUUAUGGCAAAGCACAGAUGAUCUAGCAGAUUCUAGCAAAGAACAUGAAGCUCGGGUACCAAAAAAGAUUCUCAAAUGUCGAGCGAUUUCCAAAGAGAUAAAUUUCACGUCUCAGGAGCAAAUAGAAAAUUUUCGUUUGGAACAACGGAUUUACCUGAAAGGAAGCAUACUUGAAGAGUGGUCAUUUGAAUUUGGAUUUGUCAUCCCCGGGUCUACCAACACAUGGGAGAAUAUGAUUGAAGCCGCCUCAGAACCUCAGAUGUUACCUGCUUCGCUACUUAAGUAA